AUGUCGGUGGCUAGAGAAUUGAACAGGGUCCGUCUUGAACCUAGUAACAGGAGUCAGGAACAGGAAGAAGAAAAUGAUUCUAGCUCAAGCAACAUCGUAGAGAGCGACGUUGAGAGUGAUCCAUCCGACGAGGAUCCAGAUACUGUCAAUGAAUAUGCUGUCGACGCGAUUAAAUGGGCAAAAUAUCGCGAUUCCAAAUGGGACAGACAGGAAGGUUAUAAAGGAUGGCAUUAUGGUGUAAUGUGGAAUGGAUAUCUCAAAUCUGGUUCCGAGACAGAAGAACCUUAUGGACAAUUCGAUAUGGUCGGUGGAAAAGCACCUUUAAUCACCGAAUUCUGGAAAGAGCUGGGCGUCACCAUACCUGAAAGGCGAAAAGAACCAACCGGACGACUAGGUCAGGUAUUUGAAACACCCUCUAGACUUAUGAGGAAAUGGUUCAGGCAGAAUAAGACUGUCAAAAGGAUCAAGGGAGAGAAAUACAAGUACAGACGGGAUUACGAGACUUACAAACGUCGAAGAGCAAAGGAGAUUAGGAGGGAGCUUAUGGAAAGACAAUUGAAACCUGUACCUGUUGAUCUCCUGACAAAAAAGGCAGAUUCGGAUUACUAUCUUUUCAAGAAACAGGUGAAAGAGAAAAGACGUCAUCAGCGGGCUCUUGCAAAUAAUCCAAACCUUGAAAAACCAUCAACCGAACAGCAAUCGUCUCGUUCUACUACUCCCGUCGCUGCAGCAACAGGUACAAAUACAGGUGCAUCAGCUUCGACCUCCAGAAUUAGACUCGCACCAUUAUCAGUACCUCACUCUAAUGCUGUAGUCAGUACCGCUUCCCUCGGAUCUCCAGCUUCGACUCUAGGUUCAGUAUUCGAUUCUGAUCGUGAGGAUGUGGAUGAAGAUCUUGAUCCAGCUUCCGAGGAGGAAGUUGAACAGGUUGAAAACCGUUCUGCGCCACCUAAAUCAACCAAAAGGAAAGCUAUUUCCACAUCACCAGUCGCUUCGGCUUCAGCCUCGAGACCUGUAGAGAAAAACAAAAAAGCCAAGAAAGAAGAUAAAACAAGUCGUCUUGCCAAUAUUGGCAAAAUCUCCAAAAGAGUAGUUUCCCCUCCUGCUUCGGAAAUUACUUUCGGUGAUCUUCAAGUUGGAAUAUUCGAUUCUGCGCCUGCCGAGUCUUCUACUGCCUCAACCUCAGCUUCGGCUGCCGCAACUGCAAAUGCUCUUAUUCCUACCCCUGUCACCGCGUCCGCUAUGGCUUCGCCUUCUGCUUCCAACUUUACACCAGCUUCUCGAGUCGAUAUGGGCAAGUCAACUUCCGCUGUUCUUGUCGCUCCUGUUGCUCACGCCACAGUCCCACCUACUCCUACACCUCCUCUUGCCCCGGUCGCACCUGCGCCCUCGAAUGCCGUUGCGGCCAUGUUACGACAACUGAACGCCAAACAAGCCGGCGCUGUCAGCAGCCCUUCGCCAGUACCACCUCAGCCAGUCCAGCAGAUUCAAGGCUCUAGCAGUCCUUCCAUUCCUCCAAGCAACGAAUCAGUUCCAGCGCACACCGCUGGACCUGCUCAAGCUAUUCGACUACCACCACCUCCCCUCCUAGAGCCCGCAUACAUAUCUAAUAACAACGUGGCUGCACUGCCUACUGAACCUCGUGCGAUGCUUGCAUCCCCUGCAAUAACUUUCAACGCGUCCGCUCCAAUUGGCCCAAACCCUGGUUUUAGUCCUGCACCUCCCUCAAGAUCUUCCACAAUCCAAAAACCUACUCAGCUUAACAGGGCUAAAUUCACGCAACCAAGUAGAAUACAACCUAUAGACACCAUUGUUGAUCCUCGCGAAGCUCGGAAAAUAGAGAGGUUGGGUAUUAAGGACCCUCACAUUAAAGCUCAAUCUGUUCGACCAAAAGCGUUAUUACCUCCGAAACCUUCUACUUCAUAUGCCCCUCGAAAUACUACGGCAAAUUAUCCUCCAGAACCCUAUGGACAACAGCCUGCUGAGGUUGCUCCCUGGCAGCACCGUCAGCAAGGCCAACCUGCCAGAAAUGGAAAUCUCUCUCCGAAUUUGGCACAACUCAAUACAGCUUCAGAUAUUGUUUCACCGAGAUUUGAUUACCCUUCUCCCCCUCUUCGAGGACCAGUCCCCACAGGCCCGCGUCAAGUAGCUUUGGAUCCAAGAAAACAGGCACAGCAAGCCUCUGCCGCACCACCUACCCCCGUGGCAACGCCCAUAGCCGCCAACGCAGAGGAGAAACAUGUCCGUUUCUCCCUCAAACCUGUCGAUGUGACCGGCGGUUUGGUAACAUUCUCACCUCUCCUAAUCCUUCGCAAUCCAGGUAAAUUUGUUCAAGUGAUGAAACUUUGCAUGACGAAUCCUCAAUGGGGUGCUUACCUCAAUCCUGCGGCCCUGGACUUCAUCAAUCGCGGCUGGCCCAUUCGACAUAUCUGUCCUGACGCUACAACAGCCUUCUCCGUCCUAGUGCAAUUCCUUCCUCUCGACGAUCGAUUACGGGAUAUUGCUGGUGCAGGUAUCACCUCGGGCGGUGGGAUCAGUAUAAGUUGUUGUCCACCUUCCCCUUAUCAAGCUGAAGAUUGCAUCAAGUGGAAGACCUGGUUAUAUGACGUGUUGAAAUCCACAGAAUACCAAGAACUCGUCGCUUUGUGUGAAAAGUACAACACUGAAAAUCUUCCUCCCUCAUUUCAAAAUACUCUCAAAGCCAUGAACGUCGGGAUAAUCGAGGACAUGCAAGUGGAAGACCUGAAGAAGAUAAAGACCCGAAAAAAUAUCGUUGAUUACAAUCGCUUUGUUUUCGUUAGCGAAGAUCGGCGAGUGGCUCAAUCGGAAGGAGUCGACUACCUCACAGCAGAUGAAUUCAUCGAUCUCCUACAGAAAAGCGCUAGCGGAAAAUGA